AAGAAACCCAACUAAAAGAUGUGAGGCUCUCCAUGAAACGCAUCAUCAAGGGAUUUUUCUUCAGCCGGUACUGAAUGUUUGCGUCCAUUCUGCUGACAGGUACGAGGCAGCCUGUCUACUGCUGGUCUACGGGGUCUACAUCGUGGUUCUGUGCUUUGACCUCCGCAUCAGCGAGUUUGUCCUGAGGAAGCUGAGCCCGUGCUGCACCUGUCUGGGUUCAGGUUCUGCUGAGAAGCGUGAGACGCAGCCCCUGAUGGGCUGGAACGAUACCAGCCUGCGAGUCCGUGGUCGCUCCAGAACAGACAGCGGCAUCUUUCAAGACGACUCGGGGUACUCUCACCUGUCGCUCAGCCUACAUGGUCUCAAUGAGAUUACUGAAGAGCAAAGAAGCGUCUUUGCUGUACCGGAGAGUGACGUGAAAAGGAUCUUGUGGGUUCUGUCUCUGCCUGUCAUCAUUCUGCUCUUCAUCACCAUCCCCGACUGCAGGAGACGCUUCUGGAAACAAUGGUUCAUGAUAACCUUCUUCAUGUCAGCAGUCUGGAUCUCUGCUUUCACAUACGUGCUGGUCUGGAUGGUCACAGUUGUAGGUGAAACCCUUGACAUACCCGACACAGUGAUGGGACUCACUUUACUCGCUGCUGGAACCAGUAUACCAGACACAGUUGCCAGUGUGAUGGUGGCUAGAGAAGGGAAAGCUGACAUGGCCAUGUCCAACAUCGUGGGCUCCAAUGUUUUUGACAUGCUGUGCCUGGGCCUGCCUUGGUUUAUCAAGACUGCCUUUGUGGACACCAACACCCCAGUAGAGGUCAACAGCACUGGCCUGAUCUUCAUUUCAGCCACGCUACUUCUCUCCAUCGUCUUCCUUUUUGUAGCGGUGCACAUCAACGGAUGGAGGCUGGACUGGAAGUUGGGAAUUGUCAGUCUUAUUUGCUACAUCCUCUUUGCUACUCUGUCCAUUUUAUACGAGAUGGGGAUUAUUGGGAAUAAUCCCAUACGGCUGUGCAGUGACUGAGGCCUGACCUUUUUAGGACUGAAGACAUUUUCUGAGGCCAACGGCCCCCAGCACCCACCAAAAAUGUUAAGCUGUCGAGAUCAACAAAUGUCAAAGAGCAAAGCCACCAGUUACAAAACUACCACACAAGCGGAUGCAUGAUUGGUUACCUCUUUAGAUCUUUACUAUGCAAGAUUUUAACAAAAGUUCAAAUAAACAUGUCCAAAAAUAAACUGAACAUCCUAAGAAGUAUCAGCUUCUUGUGUCGAGUCAGAAAUGCAGCCUGAUAAGGUUUUAUCACCAGGGAGGACAAGCCAUAAAUAGUAAAAAA